AUGGCAGAAACAAUAACCCACAUCGUCCUCUUCAAGUACCGCCCCGACAUAUCAUGGACAGACUUCGAAUCCCACUUCGAGACCUUCAUGGCGCUCCGCACCAAAUGCCUGCACCCCUCCACCAACAAACCCUACAUGCUCUCCCUGCGCGCCGGCAAGAACCGCUCCUGGGAGCCCUUUAGCAAGGGCAUGACGCACGGCUUCGUGCUCGAGUUCGCGAACCAGGACGAUCUGGACUACUACCUCACAGCCGACGCCGUGCAUCUCGCCUUUUCAAAAGCUGCAGCGCCGCUGAUUGAGGAUUCUGUGGUCGUGGACAUCAGAGACGGGAUACUGUUCGGACCGCCGGCGAAGAGGCCUGGGUUGGGCUCGGGGGAGUACAGCGGGGCGUGUCAUUGUGGGGAGAUGGCCUGGAUGGCGCGGCUCGAGAAGGCGGAACAUGUGCUGUGUCACUGUGGGACGUGUAGGAGGUUGGGGGGUGGGCCGUAUAGCUGUAAUCAGAUUGUUCCGAGGGAGGAUUUGAAGAUUACGAGGGGCGAGCCGAGGGUGUAUAUUUACAAGGGGGCGUCUGGCAAGGAUGUGCGCUGCUACUUUUGCGGAACCUGCACAUCGCACAUCUACCACCACCAGGACGCGAUGCCUGAUAAAGUCAUCGUGCGUACGCUGCUGCUUGAGGGUGGAGACAAGAUGCCGGCAACCGGCGAGAUAUUUGCGGAAGGCCGACUGGGCUGGGUCAAGGAGCUGCAGGAGAGCUUAGUGAACGGAGUCAAGUGA